AUGAUGAAAGAACCUGAGAAGAUCAUAAAAAAACAACAUAUAAAUGGAUAACUUAAAUAUUAAGUGAAAUGGAAAGGUUUUGAUGAAACAACUUGGGAAGUAGAAGAAAAUGUAAAAAAGUACAAAGAGUUAAUUGAAGAUUUUAACUAUUUCUGUUUGACUGGAGAUAGAUAUGAUGAUAAGAAACUUGAUGAAAUAAGAUAAAUUACAGCAUAAGCUCAACCAAGAACUGCAAUAAAAAGAGUAGCUGGACCUAGACCUCCUGAUCCUAAUAAAAAGGAUAAAAAAAUAGAUAAAAUAGAUUAAAAAUAUUCAGAAAUUAGUGAAACUUUAUCUUAAAGUCAACUUGAAAAUGGUAAUAAUAACAAUAUUCAAUUUUCAUCUAAUACUAAUAACAACACACAAAAUAAUAAUGAGAAUUCAAUUUCUAAUAUCUCCAAUUAAAAUAAUGUAGUUUCAAAUUUAUAAACAGCAUUGAUUGUCAAUAUACAUUAAUAGAAUCACAAAACUAGUAGUAUAAUCUCAUUAAAAUAACAGGAAUUAACUUAGUAAAUAAUAUUUUUCUAUUUUUUUUUAGAAAAGUAACAUAACACUAUGCAAAUUAAGAUGACAAAUUAGCCAUGAUUAAAUUAUAAAUAACUGAAGAUAAUUGUGUAUUCUAAUUAUAAUGGAAAUAAAGAUCAGAUGGAAUAACACCACUUCCAGAAUUUUACAGUUAUGAUUAGUUUAAAUUACAGGCUCCAUUAUUUUUUAUUAAAUUUAUAGAAACUUGUUUAUUGGAAUGUUAAACAAAUGAUAAUGAUAUCAAGUAAUGAAUCAAUAUUUAACUUAGAUUUGAAAUAGCAGGAAAGGAUUUAUCUGAAAAAACUAAUUUAAUUAAAGGAGCAUUAUAAAAAAGAGAAGAAAGAUCCAAAAAAAUAAAUGCGUAACCCUUAUUGAUAUCUUGA